AUGAAUUUUAAAACAAAGUUUGGAUUGGGAAAGGAUUUGAGAGUUGGACAUGGUGGCUGUCUAGAUCCCUCAGCUCAUGGUGUGCUAAUGAUUGGUGUGAAUGGACAAGGAACAAAGGCACUUAAAUAUUUAGAUCGAGAUGAGAAGGUUUAUGAUUUUGUGAUUCAAUGUGGUAGUUCAACACCUUCAUAUGAUGCUGAUACUGUGAAAUUUGCAACUUAUUGUCCACAUUAUAGAUAUUUCUUUGAUAAGAAUUGUCAAACCAUUGAGCAGGUUAAUGAACUAGUGAAUCAGUAUUUGAAAGAGAGAAAUAAUGUAAUUGUUCAGAAAACUCCAGUGUUUAGUGCUGUAAAAAUUGGAGGAAAGAGACUCUUUUCACAUGGUUACAAUAAUUUGAGAAAGAUGGAACAACAAGAUGAAGAAGAAAGGAAAUACAGAGGAUUAUAUUGUGAGGAAGAAACCUUGAAUUUACCUUCCAGAUCUAUUCGAGUUGAUAGAAUUGAGUGUACUCAUAUCAAUAAGGAACUAGGUCAAUUAUCAUUUUCAUGCACUUGCAGCACUGGAACAUAUGUGAGAAUUUUGGGUUAUGAAAUUGCUCACUUGUUGGAGGUUUGUGGUGCUUAUGUAACGGACUUGUAUAGAACUAGAAUUGGAAAGAAUACAAACAUGCUGAAAUUGGAUGAAAUUGGAAAUUUAGAAUAA